AUGACUGACUCAAAACCUCCAAUCCUGGCGCGUCCUUGGAGGUCACGUGUGCCCAAUGAGAUUGCACUGCGCAUCACAGCACUGAGAGAAACAUUUGAGGAAGCGGGAUGCUUGUUUGCUCGACAUAAAGAUAAUGGAGAAAUAUUUGAUCAGAAUUCCAUGUCCGGUCACGUGAUGUCCGAUUUUCGCGCACAAGUGCAAGGAGAUCCUCAGCGGUUUAUUGAGGUUUUUAAGGAAUUGAACUGUUACCCGGAUGUUGUAUCUCUGGUUGAAUGGAGCGACUGGCUAACCCCUAGUGAAGGUCGUCGAAGAUUUGACACUCUGUUCUUUGUGAUUUGUAGAGACGAGCCACCUGUUGUCUCCCACGAUGAGCAGGAAACAGUUCAGGACAGCUCUUUUACUUCGAAUGAAUUUAUCAACAAGCGAAAUGCGGGGGACGUAAUGCUUCCACCUCCUCAACUAUACGAAAUGCUCAGAAUAAAUCGAUUUCCUUCAUUUGAAUACUUUCGAUAUUUUUUAUUUCAACGUGCACGCAAUUAUCCAACGAGGAGAUGGCUACCAGUUCCACUACGCUGUAGUGAUGGCUUGUUGAGUAUUCUUCCUGGAGAUUGUCUUUACCCGCAUGCUCUGACUGAUCAUGAGUGUGAUGACCAUGAUGAUACGAAAGACAAAUUACUUGCAGAGCUUACAGAAGAAUGGAAGAAUAAGACGAUUGCUGAUCAUAUUUUUGAAACAAAGGAUGUGAAUUGCUUGUAUUGGCUGUCUAAGGAUAAGUGUGAGGGUGCAGGGCAUUGGCUACAUGUCAUGUGUCUCGCAACUGAUGUCUUCCCUGGUGAAGGACAUUUAAUGCCAAUUAUGAACAAGUGA